GGUUGGUGACAAGGGUUUGUUGAGUGGUCUCUAAACCUCUACUUCCCUUAGUACAUACUCCCUGUACAAACUCUAUGUUUCCUUUUAUUCUUCUCUCUUCCUGGUUCCUUCAAUUUGUUUGUUGUCUUCUUGUUUGUAUUAGGCAAAUGAUAUUGUUCUUUGCAUUUUAGGAACUUGACCUAUUUAUGCUUUGUUUGAAUACAUUGAGGAACCAAGAUGCCUUUCAAUUUAGUUUCAGCAUGGAACAAGAGAAGAAGAAGUAAAUCACAUGAUCAAAUUGAUCCAUGGAUAUACAAGCCUGUGGAGCUUUGGCAACUCAAUGAUCAAAGCCCACCUACUAAACGGCGCAAUUGCUCAUCAGUGUUCACUCUUAAGGAAAUGGAGGAAGCCACUUGUUCAUUCAGUGAUAAGAACUUGAUUGGAAAAGGCGGGUUUGGUCGAGUAUAUAAAGGAGUUCUAAGGGAUGGAGAGGUUGUUGCAAUUAAGAAAAUGGAGCUGCCACCAUGUAGGCAUGCCGACGGAGACCGUGAGUUUCGUGUUGAAGUUGACAUUCUAAGCAGACUAGAUCAUCCAAAUCUAGUGACUCUGAUCGGCUAUUGUGUCGAUGGCAAGGAUAGGUUCUUAGUGUAUGAAUAUAUGCCCAGAGGAAAUCUGCAAGAUCUUUUGAAUGGGAUUAACGAAGUGAAAAUGGAGUGGCCAUUAAGACUCAAAGUAGCACUUGGAGCAGCAAAGGGUCUUGCUUAUCUCCAUUCAAGCCCUGCAGUUGGCAUUCCUAUUGUGCAUAGAGAUUUGAAGUCCACCAACAUUCUCUUGAGUGAACACUUUGAAGCAAAGAUAUCUGAUUUUGGCCUUGCAAAGUUGAUGCCAGAGGGUCAGGACAUAUUGGCAACCACAAGAGUACUUGGUACAUUUGGUUAUUUUGAUCCAGAGUACGCAUUGACAGGAAAGCUCACAUUACAAAGUGACGUCUAUGCAUUUGGUGUUGUUCUUCUCGAAUUGUUAACAGGCCGAAGAGCGGUAGAAUUAACACAAUGUACUACAGAUCAAAAUCUAAUAUUUCAGGUCCGGCAUUUAUUGAAUGACCGAAAACGAUUGCGCAAUGUGAUUGAUCCUGACAUGUCCAGGAGUUCAUAUACAAUGGAAUCAAUGGCAUUGUUUGCCGAUCUCGCCGCACGUUGUGUUCGUAUUGAAAGCAGUGGCAGACCUUCCAUGGAACAAUGUGUGAAAGAACUUCAAGUGAUUGUAUAUGCAAAUAUGAGAAAAUAAAGCAGACAAAAGUAGUGAUAAUGGUUUGAAUUUGUUGAGAGCUGAGAAGUUUACACUCGGAAAGUCAUCAGUUGAAAGGAUUUGGACAUAAACAUUUAUUUGUUCUCUUGUUAAGUAUCAGUAUGGAUGAAAUUGUCAGAUAUAGAGUUCUUAAGGGAAACAUUUGAGAUUGCAAUUAAAUCAAUGGUUUGGGGAUUUUAGCAGAUUGUUUAUGAUGUUUAUUUCAUUGUAGAACACUUGUAUUUAUUUGAUUUGAAAAAUGUUGCAAAUAAAUCUCUGUUUUUUUUUUGGGGAAUUUUAG